UGUUAGUAACCAGAUGGGUUAUAAUUUAUUAUGGAGAUCUGUAGAAUAUGAUGUGCAGCCAAUCUGUAAGGAACGUGGUAUUAGUAUCUUGGCUUACUCCCCCUUACAACAAGGUUUACUGAGUGGACGAUUUAAUUCUAUAGAUGAUAUACCUGUUGGCAGACGACGAGGCAAACUAUUCGCUGAUGUUGGUGAUUCUCCAGCUCGUCAUGGUCUACCAGGAUGUGAAAAAGAAGUUUUUGAGGCUGUCAAUAGAAUAAAGGCUAUCUGUGCUCGUGAAAAUAUUAACAUGGCACAAGCUUCAAUAGCCUGGCUGUUACAACAAGAUGCAGUACCCGUUGUAAUUGUUGGUGCCAAGAAUCCAGAACAGGUGGUUGCCAAUAGUAAAAUUAUAAAACUUUCUGAUUCUGUUGUGAAGGAGUUAUCUGAUGCUACAGAGGAAGUGAAAGCAAAACUAGGGAGAGCUUUAGAUCAAUGGGUACAUCCUGAUAGAUGUGAAUAAACUAUCUGAAUAUAUACAGAACAACCUGGGUUGGAUUUUAAACUCGCCGAUCAUCAUUUCCUUUUUUUUUUGACAAUAUCUCAUCUUUCACAACUUAUUCCAGACUAAUAAUUAUUCAGAUUGAUUAUUUGAUAUUUAAUUAAGAAAACAAAAACGAAAAUUCAAAAACGGAAAGUAACAUCAUGCUUUUACCUUAAAUUAGGCUUUAUUUUCAGGCAACUGGCCUUCAGUUUAUUUGUAAAACUUUUAAAUCAAAGUAAAUGAGAAAGUAUUUAAAAUAAUUCUAAUAGAAGGUUGAUUUAUCUAGUCGUAAAUUUAUCAUCUACAAGCAAAUUUCCCAUAGUUAGUAAUCCCUGGCCAACAGACUUGACAAAGAUGUUUCAAUCAACCUCUCUUUAUUACCUGGAUUAAACUAUUAUUUAAUUUAUAUGGGUUAUUUUCAGAGGAAUUGAACCUUUUUAUCCCAAAUGUAUCAUAUUCACUGAGAUCCAAACUUGCCUGCUGUGUAGCAAGAAUUUUUCCAUCCAUUUACUGUAUAUAUCGAUCCGAAUUCCACUAAAAGUGCUCAUAGUAAGGAUUUAUUUCAUCAUUGACUUGGAGUUUAUCUACGAAAAAGAGUGUUAAUAUUGCAUUUAUGUUCACGCAAUCGAGAACUAGAUUUUAUAAUGUGUUUCUUUCCAAUGAAUAGCCGUGUUCUAUGAAAAUUAACCCUAAAGUGUUUGUAUUUUACUAGUAAAGCAGCUGUCCAUAUUGCUUAAGGUUUCUGGGGCCAAACUGAACUAAGCACAUCCUUUUAAGACUGAUGCUCAUUUCAAAGUGCUUUCACAAGUUAAUUUUUUUGUGUAUUUUAAUUUGUUUAUCUCUGAUUAACCAGAUAUUUUUAUCAACGAAUAUGAAAUGUUUGUCUUAUCUCUGUUUAUAAAUCAAUUUUAAAGUUCUGACACAUAAAAACUAUAAAUUUGAUUAUAUUUAUUGUGGUUUAACCUUAAGUUCUCACCUAAUAGCAUUUAAAUUAAUUGUCCGACAUUUAAAUUACCCAGUUGGUCAAUUUGCCCAACUGCCAGUCAUGACUGAUAAACAUAGCUGAAUUAAGAGCUCUUUUAUAAACCUUUAAAAUUUAACAUUAGAGGCUGAGGUUUAAUAAAUUGAAGAAAUAUUGUCUAAUCUAUAUGAUGUAUAUGCUUUGUUAAAGGGUAUGAUUUACAUGUGUAAUAUCAAGUAUUUUUAUUCCUUUAUAAAUUAAGAAUAUGUUUUACCCGGUACAGGUACCUGUGUGCUCCUUUAAAUAAAUUGAAACUAAUCAUGUUAUGUUACAUCAA